AUGCCUCCCAAGGUUGACACGGAAACCCUCUUCAAAAGUGAAGCUUUUGCCGCCCAGUACAAAUUCGCUGAGACCUUCACCGGCCCAUUCGGUCAGUCACUGAUUGGGCAGACCAAGCUGGUCGAAGUCGCGAAGGCUAGACCAGACCAGCCUCUCUUUGUUCUUGACAAUGCCUGUGGCACGGGCAUCAUCUCCAGCCUUCUGAACGGAAAGCUGGAUAGUUCUAUAAAAAAGAACUGGAAGUUGACUUGUGGAGACAUCUCAACACGGCUACUUGAAUACACUGGACGUCGUAUGAAAGAAGAAGACUGGCAGAAUGCAGAGACUAAAUUCGUGAAUGCGCAAGAGACUGGACUUCCAAGUGAUUACUUCACUCAUGUCUUUUCUGCUUUUGUCCUGAUGGCAAUUCCCAACCCCUUUAAGGCCCUCGAUGAAACCGUUCGAAUCUUGCGACCCGGAGGAACGAUUGCCUUUUCAACUUGGAUAGAGCCCGGCUGGUUUCCUAUUGCACGUAAAGCAAUUGCAACUAUACCUGGAAAUCUGCCUUUCCCCACGACACAGGAAUUCCUGUCAACUACAGGUGAUGGAGAAUGGAGCUCAGUCCCUUGGAUCGAAUCCCAACUCAAAGAACGUGGACUUGAGGACAUCAAUGUUCACUCAGAAUCGAGGAACAUCUCCGUGCCGUCAUCUCGCUUUACGGACAUCACCAUGAUGAUGUUGGUUGUGAUUAUCAAAUCCUUCUGGACGGACAAGCAACGCAAGGAAAAUGAAGAUAAAGUUCGUCCGGCAAUGGAGAAGUAUGUGGUAGACACCUACGGGGAGAAUGGAGAUAUUGAGACGAAGUGGGUGGCUAUUAUCUCCACUGCACGCAAGCCUCAGUAA